ACUUAAAAUAUAUAUAAAUUAAUUUAAUAUUGUAAACUUUAUUCAUUUUUUUGGCAAUUAAUUUUCUUAAAAUUCAGUAUGAAAUUACUAGCAAAUAUUAUUGCCUGUCUGGUUAUUCUAGGCUUAUUUGAUCAUUUCUCCAAAACCAAUGGCUCUGACGUAUGCCAUUUACCAGUGGAUCCUGGACCAUGCGAAGCUUUGGUUGAAAGGUGGUAUUACAACGCUGGAGAAGGAAAAUGUUUAGCUUUUAACUAUGGGGGUUGCCGCGGGAAUGGAAAUAAUUUCUCAUGCAGGGGAAAUUGUCAACGGGCUUGCAUAAGAUAACUAAAGCUUUAAUCUCUAAUAUUAUAUAUUUCAUAUUUCUUAUUACAAAAUUUGAUUAUAAUAUAUUAUAUAUUAUAAACUUAAAAUUCUAUAUUUCUAAUAAAUCGAUACAUUUCUUUAA